AUGGAGGACACAGAGCGAACUCCAUUGAAAGAAUCGUUUUCCGAUGUUUUUAAAACUCCACCCUCAUCAAGCACUCAUUCAACAGCAACAACAACAACAAAUGAGGAAAAGAAUGAUCAUCAAAAUGGUUUUUUGCAUGUCUCAAUGGAACCGAAUAGCAACGAUCGAUCUUCAGUGGGCUCAAGUGGACCGAAAAAGGUAAGCUUUGCUGAGUUCGCCGACCAAAUCGAGCCGUCGCCUUUUCCAGAAAAGCCCUCUCUCUGCUAUUGCAGUAUUUUA